UAUACUCUUUUUUUCGCUCCCCAAUUUCUUCUUCUUCUUCUGCUUUUCCAAAUCUGGUUUACCCUAGUUAACGUUUUCUACUCAACAAUUCUCUCAAACCAGCUAAUGUUGUUGGGUCGCUGCUGCUGGUUGUAAUCUUAAGAAAAUAUGGAUAGAGAAGCAGCAGCAGGUAAGGAUAGAAUCAGCAACUUAACAGAUUCGCUUAUUCAUCAUAUAUUAUCCUUUCUUGAAAUCAAGCAGAUUGCUCAAACUAGUGUCUUGUCUAAACAUUGGAGAUGCAUCUGGACCUCAAUUCCCAUCCUUCUUUUUGAUGAGGAUUACCAUCCCGACUUGCUGACCAAUAGGUUUAUGGAUUUUGUGGAUGGAACAUUGCACCGUCGGAAUAAUAUGUCAGAUAUAGAAAAAUUCUCUUUGAUCCAGCUAAACAACUUGAAUGAAUAUCGUGUUAGUUCAUGGAUCACCAAUGUAAUAAGCCGUAAUGUUCAAGAGCUCAGUCUAUCAUUGAUGCAGGAAGACCCGUUCGUCCUUCCCAUAUCUCUCUGUACUUGUGUAUCCCUGGUUUCGCUGAAGCUUAAAAUAACCCCAAGUAUCUGCUUUCCUAGAAAUGUAUCUUUUCCAAAACUUAAGCACCUUACACUUGGAGGUGUCCAAUUUACCAAUGAGUGCUGGAAUGCAAAGCUCUUUUCCAAAUGCCCAGUCCUCGAAGAUUUGAUUUUGGCACACUGCACUUAUGAUACAAGGAAUUUUUACAUUUCAAUUGCUACCCUGAAACACUUGAGAAUUUAUCAUUGGGGGGGCCAGGAUGGUUUACGAGACUGUGGUCUCAAAAUUCUUGCACCAAAUCUUGUUUCUCUCUUCUACCAGGGUUGGGUUGCAAAGGAAUUUGUCUUGCAUACCUCUCCAGAAUUAGUUGAAGCACAUGUACUUUUCUUUGGAGAAGAUGCUGCUACAAGGGAGCAAAGGAUGAGGUGUUGCGGCACAUCAACAAUUCAGUUUCUUCGAGCCCUUACUUGUGUAAAACGUCUAAUUAUUUAUGAUGCAAUGCUACAGGCUCUCUCUGCAGACAAUCUAUUAGAAAAUUUGCCAACAUUUCAUAAUACCAAACAGUUGAUCCUGAGGGAAGAUGUUGCUGAUAAAGCAUUAUUUGCUUUGCUCAAAGCAACACCUAAUCUGGAGUCACUUGUAUUUGACAAGCUUUUCUUUUUCUUCUUUGCUAACUUCACCUCCUCAAUCACUCGAAGAUCUUUUGGUGCCUUGACCACAACCUGCAGUUGCAUAGAAAGUGUCAUUUGGUUCGAACUCGUAAUCAUCUACGUGUUCCCAAAUUAUCUUUUCGCAGUUUAGAUGUAGUCUUAGCUCUUGAACGUGUUUCUGGUCCGAUAAACCCAUUUGACCUCUGCCUCAAGGAUACCUAUCUGGAAUCAUACAGCCAAAGCUCUCUUUUCUGCAUCCCCUUUGAUUGUUUUUAUCGACAGGGAUGCUCUUCUCUUCAAUUGUGGCCAGUCUUUUCACUUUUCAGCUGCUCAUCUUGUCUAUUGGACUCCAAAUUCCUUUCUAUCUCCUAGUUUGUCUAGAUCCUCUUUUGUCCUAAUUCAGAAUUUCUUGGUUAGAGUUGCCAUCUCCUAGUUUGUCUAUUGAAUUGAUUAUAUGUGUUACCUUGUCAGUAUUUAUUGUGUACUCCAUUCGUGAUAAAACAGAACGAUCAUCGGGUAUGUGCAGUGGUACGAGGAGAUUACUUCAGAUAGUUACUUGGAUUUCAUAAAGGAGUAUGUGGUAGGCAUUGGACCUAGUAAAGACACAAUUGUACCAGUCGAGAAUAAUUAUCUACUGACACCAAUUAAUCUCGUCGCCAGAGCACAU